AAUUGUCCUGUUGCUGGACAAGCGGAGGCGCUGCGCCCGUCUUUGCCGCCCUUGACCGACGGGAUCGCGCCGCGCGCCAGCCUGAGGUAGAGGCGCGGCGUUCCCGCGGCAGCCCCGGCGGCCCGAAGAUGAGACAGCCCCUGUUAGCAAUAAUCUUGACUGCGGCCGCGGGUGACCCCAUCGUCUACCACGUGCGCAACGUGCUGGACGGCGUCGAGCCCAUCUGGGUGCGCAGCCAGCAGGACGACGCCGCGCAAGCGCUCUUCACGGCAGUAGCAAAAAAUAAUCUCCUCAGACGGCCGCCCAUCGAGGAGGGCCAGACGAGCGCGUGGUACUUCUUCAAGGAGACGGACAAGAGCUUUUCGCGGUUGUUGGGGCGCUUGACGGUGGGCGCGAACGGCGUGCAGAACCAGACUAGAGUUGCGGCUUGUGGCACGCGGGACGCGCGGCGGUCGGAGGCGUGUGCCGGUUUUCUGACGGAAGACGCACUAGCAGCGAGGGAGACGCAGUUCCAGGCGUCGGCGGCGUCCUUGGAUGCGGAUGACGCCUUCUCGAGGUUACUACUGGGUUGUGCUUUAGCUGAUGCCGGGGAUCUACCGUCCUCGAUAAGGGAACUCGAAACGGCGAAGAAGCUAGCUGGAAGAGAUGCGAACAUCGCCGAAGCACUGGCUAGAGUAGUGGUCGCCGCUCGUGUCUUGGAAGGCGGCGACGGCACGGCCAUAAACGCGGUGAGAAAAAUGGGUGUAGGGGAUGUGGAUGCGGCCAUCACGACGGGCGCGGCCCUCGCGCAACGCAUGGCCGGGCGCCAUUUGAGAGAUGAGUGUGCGAAGAGCGACCCUGAUGUGGCCCUCGUCGCGAAGAUGCUCGCGGCCGGCGCCGACGCCGGGGAGAGAGACGCGCAUGGCCGGACCGCGGUCAUGCUCGCCGCAUCCGAGAAGCACGCGCAUUUGGUGGAGACGCUCUGCGCGUAUUCCAUGCCGUUCCCGGAAGACGCGGCCCACGCCGCAUUAGCGUCGGAGCACGAUGCAAACGUCGUGCGCGCCUUGGAGCGCGCCUGCGGUUAUGUGAUUCAAAAGCCGCCCCGGGAAGCCGUGGGGAAGCAAUUGGUUCGUUUUGUAAAGAGGUGGGUCCGGGCUUUGAAACGGCGCAUUACGGUGACGCUCGAUGCUGAUGUUUCGAUAGGCUCGCUCCUGUGGGCUUUAUUAGCCGUCGGCGUCGCGGUCCUCGCGGUUGAUAAAUCGUGGUUUGGUAGGGCGAAGGCGCCGGUCCCGCGCGCCGACGAGGAGCCCCUGCGACGCCGACCUUCGACCGAGUCCACGACGUCGCUGCGGACGCACGCCGACGCACCGACGUCGCGGCGCGAGUCGUCGCCGCCGCCGGGCUUGGAGGCGCCGCGGCCGCCGCCGCACGAGUCGCCGCAGGGCCGCGAGCGCCGCGGGCGCGAGUCGCCGCGCAGUACUACGGCCCCGCCGCCGGAGCCGCGGCUCAGCGUCGGGGCGCGCGCGCGGCUGCGCCGCGAGCGCGAGCGCGCCGCGGCCGAGGCCGUGGCGGUCGUGGAGACCGUGAGCGACCCCCCAACUCCGGAAAGGCCCGAGCAGGGCGAGCUGGCCGCUUUACAGGCCCUCGACGCGCGGCGCCUCUCGCCCGCGGCGCUGGACGCGUCCAUGGAGCUCCUGCCCGAUCUGUUGAGAAGGUGCGCGAUCGAGCGCGCGCGGCGCGCGGCGGCCGAGGACGCCGGGACGGAGUGCGUCGUGUGCCUCGAGGACGCGCGGUCCGUGGCGUUUGGGUGCGGCCACCUCUGCGUCUGCGAGGCGUGCGCGCCGACGGUCGUCGCGUGCCCGCUCUGCCGGGAGCCGGUCCGCGCGAAGCAGCGGAUCUACUUUGACUGACA